CCUAUUCGUUCUCGCGGUGAUAGUUUUGUCGUGCGUACGUCUUGGCUGAAAUUCGCAGUGAAAAUUGGUCCCAAAUUGACCACUCCGGAAGGCUUCCGACCCGGUACGAUUUAGCUUCCGUUGGUAAGUUGAAUGUUGUGCGAAAGUGAACAUGAAAAUUUGCUACUGAUAAAGGAAGCGGAAUAUCGAAUCUCGCAACUUCAACCGUGAUGACAGCAGAUUGAUCGUUUUUUAUGCUCGUGUUUUAUGCUCAUUGUGUGAAGGAGAGAAGGAGAGGGGAACAACACACUGCUGUCUGGUGUGAGUGGAAGCGUUUUCUGUUUUGACUUUUGAUGUUGCUAUUAUCGUCAGUACGAGGAAGUGUCAAUUUUUUUCUGGAGUAAUCAUUGUGCAAAAGAAGGGAAGAUCAAUCUGUUUUCGAAAUUUCCAAUAUUUUGGACGUGUUUUGCUGGAACCUGCGGUCGUAAUUGCGACUAAUAGGGUCUGAAAUCCACCCAGAUUCGGCCCACAGUGUGUGACAUCGGUAAUGCACGCGCAGUGCGAGAAUUUUCCAAUUUUCCCAAACGCGCUGCCAAAACUGCUCUCGUCCCGUGAGAACUGAGAGCCAGUGAUUGCGAGAGGAAAACGUUGGUCAGCAAUAAUAGCAACAACAACAACAACAACAACAAUAACAGUAACGCAAUCGCGAGAGAGCGUGCUGAAAAAUUCGUAUGUUGUGUAAGUCCUACCCAAAACGACACGGGAAAACAAGGAGCACCGUAACAAUAAAAAAAAAGAAACGAAUCGGAAGCAGGGAAAAUUUCCCGUCAUCAUCCCAGCAGACGACACUUGUGCCUAGCCUAGCUUUUGGUGGUGUUUUGUUGUUUCCCGACACAAUUCGAGAAAACGAAAUAUAAAAAAAAAUAACUAACGUAAGAGUGACAUCCGUCGUUCGUCGUUGAGUCGCAUUUCGAAAGAGUGCGUUCCAAUUUUGGAAAAUUCGACUGCUGCUAGUAAAGAAGAAUCUCGAUCCGUUUUUUCCCUUUUGCCUUGGCGUGUGAAGUAGGGAGAGCGCUACUAUUUUUAAAAGACGCCCCACAAUCGGAAAAAAAAGAAGAAAGCAAAAGUCAUCCUCUGCUAAACUAUUACAAUAGUGUGACAGUAGUCGAUCGGUUUGUUGGUGGUGGUAGUGGUGAUUAGAAGUAAGGCGAACCAAACGAGGGGGGUGUUCUUCCUUGGGGCUUUGCCAGUGUGUGCGCUGGAUUUCCUUCUACGGUAUCCUUCUGUUUUACCGUUUCGUCCUGACGGUGCCACCCCCGAAAAAAAGCAUAGAAGCGAAACUAGGCUACCACAUUCCUCGUGUGGCUGGAGGCACAUACCCGAAACGUCAAAAAGAAAAAAAAAUCAAUGAAUCUGAACCAGCAGCGGCAGCAGUAGCAGUUCGGAGGAAACGUCCGGCGCUGGAACGACGAAUCUCUCAUCGCUCUCCGGAGGAAGAAUCUUCUCGUGUUCUCGACCCAAGUCGAUUUUUGUUGUUGCGUGGAAACACUUGCAAUUAGCUGAUGUUGUUUUCGUCCCAAUAUUAGAAGGAAAGAGUGCCGUUGCAGUUUGUGGCUAGAUUAUGAAAUCGUAAGCGAAAAAGUGUCUACUAAAAGUGUCCGUGUGUGUAGAAGAACAUCGGAAAAGGAAAAUCGGUUGCACUUUUCCUCGAUCAAACUACUGCUAGGCGAAGUAAAGUGGGAAAAUAGGAAACGAAAAGUAGCCAAGUGGUGCGUUGUUAUAUAAGAGUGUAUUUCUCAGCACUUUUUUUGUGAGUGGCAACAGCAACGAGAUCCGACCGACGACGACGUCUGUGUUGUGACGACGCGACCACGACGACGUUGGUGUAAAUUUCAGGCAAAGAAAGAAGAGUUGCGAAAGCCAAAAUCGAGAAAAGCAAGUGAUUUCUUAGGCAGCAGAAUAGAAGAAGUAGGAUAAGUGGUAGUAGCAGGAGGGUGAAGCACGAAGAAGGUGAACAUAAAAACGUAAGCAAGCAGAAACGAAUCUGCUGUGGUGGUACUGUUGGUAAAUUGAGCCAAUUUUCGCCGAGUGACCCGGAGAGCUAGAAAAAGCCGUCAAACUGGAGCGACUUCCAGAAUAUCUGCGCGACACCGUGGACUGGUUUAUGGGAAAAGCCCGACGCAAGGAACGAGACGGCGAUUCGAAUCAGAGCGACACAAAGCUAUACCUGGAGGAGGGCGUAUUGGAACGGAAGCUGCCCGAUGCCGAUCUGAGGUUACUGGUCGAUCUACCGGCCGGUCUAGACUAUAAUGAAUGGCUUGCCUCGCACACGUUAGCGCUUUUCGAGCACGUGAACCUAGUAUACGGAACAAUCAGCGAAUUCUGCACCACAUCCGGCUGUCCAGACAUGACCGGACCAGGAACUAGAAUGUACCUAUGGUUCGACGAGAAGGGCAAGAAGACGCGCGUCGCGGCGCCCCAGUACAUCGACUACGUGAUGACGUUCACGCAGAAAACCGUCAGCGACGAGUCGAUAUUUCCCACCAAAUAUGCCAAUGAGUUUCCUAGUUCGUUCGAGAGUAUUGCUAGAAAAAUUUUACGUUUACUGUUCCAUGUGAUCGCGCACCUGUAUGCGGCGCACUUCCGCGAGGUGGCCCUGCUCGGGCUCCAUGCCCACCUCAAUCUCACCUUCGCCCAUCUGACCGCGUUGCAUAGGCGUUUCAAUCUAAUAGAACCCAAAGAAACCGAAGUUUUACGUGAUCUAGAAAUUGCUUUACGUUUAACCGACGAUCCAGUACCUUUGUCCGCCAACAGUAGCAGCAACAGCAGCAGCAGUAACCAACAGCAGCCCAGCAGUAACAGUGCGGACAGUGGCUCGGUAUCGGCGACGUCCACCUCGACGGCAUCGAUCGGUGUGAGUAGUGCGUCGGUGACGGCGGCGUCGGCGUCGGCAGGAGGACCCUGUGUGGAGAACAAUAAUAGCAGCAGUAGUGAUAGUGGCGUCGCGACGAUGCACUCGCUCAUAGAUGGCGAUGCGACGGCGCAGCCAAUCUGUAAACAACCGUUAGAAUCGGGCAGUGUAAAUAAUAGUCAUAAUGUUUCUAGUAGUAAUAAAGAACAAAUGAUGCAGACGUGUGGUCCGGGUGGCGGCGGCGGCGGCAGUGGCAGCAGUACCGGAAGCGUCGGUGUGAUCGGUUGCGGCGUCGGCUACGGCGGUGGUGGCAGCACCCAGCAGACUUCCAACACCCAGACAACGGCAUAGUGGAUACGUUGGACGGCUAGUGUUGGCGCCGGGGCCGGUACCAUUUUCCUGCUGGGCGGGGCUGCGUGCUGCGGAGCCUUGCAGCUUCAAACCAAUCUCUGACCAAAAUGUGAUUUAUCCCCUAACAAAA